CGGAAGCGGAACACGAACAACAGAUUUUCAACCAAAUUUUCCUAGACUAAGUUGAAGAUCACUUCGUUAGUCUUUCGACUUACGUAUCAGCGACCACAGGAGAGAUUUCGACUUUUUACAAUCCCUACGCUGCAGCAAGUUGAGUUUUCAAGCAGAACAAGAUAGGACACGCGUAGCACUAGUACUAGCUAUCUGCAUAUUUCGACAUAAAGGUUCGUAUACACAUGCUCUCCACCCUCACCGUUUUUCUCUUGCGACGGACUACAUCUAUGCGAACGCAUCUGCAACGAUUCGUUUCUGCGCAAGCCUUUGCUGCAUCGACGACUAGCUUCUUCAGUACAUCAACUCCUUUAACAGUAAGGAUGGCAGCAGGAGCGGAGCACACAGGAGGUGCAACUGCGUCACCGACAGACGACGCAGUACAGGCACAGGCUAGUGUGAAUCUUCAAGGGGUAGAGAAAGAAGGAGAACAGUUAUCUUUACCUGCUCCUGGUUAUGGCACCACAUCAGAAGACCACCAUGCUGGAACCCCUGAAGAGGAAAAGAAGCAGGUCUUGGAAGUCAACGGAGAACGGGUUACUCUAGACGCAUUAGGACCCAUCAUCCUGAACGAGGAUGGGAGUAUGGCUAGAAUAACGAAUUGGCAUGAAAUGAUGGAGCACGAGCAAAAGAAUACAUUGCGUGUCAUCGCACGUCGCAACGCCAAGAGAAGGGAAGCUCUAUUGAAGAAAAUGGAGGAAGAAAAAGCCAGACAAGGCUCUUCACCUGUUGAAUCAACAGAGAUGAAUUCUGGGAUUAAAAAUGAACUGUAGCAUAGCAUGUGGUGCGCCACAUACAACGACAGAGAUGCAACAGAUGAAAUUAAGAAUAAUACACUAGAGCCCGACCGCGACCCCGAAGAACCCUUAAAACCGAACCUAAUAAAAU